AUGGCGUUCUCAUCGCAAACUCCAACGAUUGUUGUGUUGAAAGAAGGCACCGAUGCCUCCCAAGGUAAGGGUCAAAUUUUGAAUAAUAUCAACGCCUGUUUGGCAAUCCAGGAUACCUUGAAGCCUACCUUGGGACCUUUUGGUUCCGAUAUUUUGAUUGUCAGCUCCAACGGUAAGACCACCAUUUCCAACGACGGUGCCACCAUCUUGAAGUUGUUGGACAUCGUACACCCUGCCGCCAAGAUGUUGGUGGAUAUAUCCAGAGCCCAAGACGCCGAAGUUGGUGACGGUACUACGUCUGUCACCAUUUUGGCUGGUGAGUUGUUAAAGGAAGCUAAGACCUUUAUCGAGGAUGGUAUUUCUUCCCAUUUCAUCACUCGUGGUUUAAGAAAAGCCAACGAAUUGGCAGUGGCAAAGAUCAAAGAGUUGGCCGUCGAAGUUAAAAAAGAUGAUCCGGCAGAAUUCCGUCAAUUAUUGGAGCGCUGUGCUACCACCGCUAUGUCUUCCAAGCUUAUCAGUAAGAACUCCGAAUUUUUCACCCAGAUGGUGGUUAAUGCCGUGUUGAGUUUGGAUCAAAACGAUUUGGACGAGAACUUAAUCGGUAUCAAGAAAGUUCCAGGUGGUGCCAUGGAAGACUCCAUCUUUGUGGAUGGUGUUGCAUUUGAGAAGACCUUCUCCUACGCUGGGUUUGAGCAACAGCCCAAGAGAUUCACCGACCCCAAAAUCGUCAGUUUGAACGUGGAGUUGGAAUUGAAGGCUGAAAGAGAUAACGCCGAGGUUCGUGUGGAACAAGUCCAGGAUUACCAGGACGUGGUCGAUGCCGAAUGGAAAAUCAUUUUCAACAAGUUGGAAGCCAUUGCUGCUACUGGUGCCAACAUAGUGUUGUCCAAGUUGCCUAUUGGUGAUUUGGCCACCCAGUUCUUUGCUGAUAGAAACAUCUUCUGUGCUGGUAGAGUGGCCAGCGAGGACAUGGACAGAGUGCUCAAGGCCGUUGGCGGACGGAUUUUGUCUACGUGUUCAGGCAUCACUUCUGACGACUUGGGUACAUGUGCCAACUUCGAAGAAGUGCAGAUCGGGUCUCAAAGAUAUAACUUCUUCAAGGGGUGUCCCGAGGCCAAGACAUGUACUUUGGUGUUGAGAGGAGGAGCCGAGCAGGUCAUAGCCGAGGUAGAGAGAUCGUUGCAUGAUGCCAUCAUGAUUGUCAAGAGAGCAGUCAGCCACAACAGCGUCGUUGCUGGAGGAGGAGCCAUCGAGAUGGAAUUGUCCAAGUACUUGAGAGACUAUGCACGUACCGUUGCUGGCAAGCAGCAGUUAAUCAUCAACGGGUACGCCAAGGCGCUCGAGGUGAUUCCCAGACAGUUGUGUGAAAAUGCCGGAUUGGAUGGCAUUGAGUUGUUGAACAAGUUGAGAAGUGCGCACGCCAAGGGCGAGAUAUGGUACGGGAUCGACUUCCAGAGAGAAAAUGUGGGCAACAACAUGGCCAGCUUCAUCUGGGAGCCUGCGUUGGUGAAGAUUAAUGCAUUGGAGUCGGCCACCGAGGCUGCCAACUUGUUGUUGUCGGUGGACGAGACCAUCAAGAACGAGGACUCGCAAGAGGGCGGAAGGGGCAGAGGUGCGUAUUAG